AUGGAUAUUUCUCCCAAUCCAUCAAAAAGGAUCUUAAGAAAGAGGAAGCAAACUGAAGAAACUUGGGAAAUGGAAGUGGAAGAAUCACAUGCAAACAUUGAGGGGGAAUUGACGGUUCCUGUGAGAGGAAAAAACAAGGUUUCAAAACGAAAAUCCAUCGCAACACGUCAAAGAGUUCGAAACUUGAAAGUUCUAAACUCUCCUUCACGUGAUGAGGAAGAAAGUGUUGUUGAUGAUGAUGAAGUGAGUGUGAUUGCUAAAGAAGUUUAUGAUGCUUGCGUACCUCCUUCUAGGGAACAUUCUCCUGUUCCUAUGUAUACCAUUCCCCCUACUACUUCAUCUCCACCAAAAAUUGCAUCUCCACCUCUUCUUAAACCACAAAACACUCCACUCCCUCCUCCUACCAAAUCACCUCCAUCUCCUGUUCCCAAAGAAAAGAAACCAGCUGUUGUUCCCAUCUCAGAGGAACACCCUGAUGUUCCUGAUCUCAAGGAACAACCUUCCGCCACUAAUCCUCCUAACACCUCUUCUUAUUCAUCCCAAAGCCCUACCAUUGGUGCUACUUAUACCUUAGCUCAUGCUCGAAGGUUGGAUUACUUAUUUACAUUGGUCAUGGGUCACUCGGAAGCUAUGAUGAAAUUUGCAAAUGAAGAUAAGGGUGUGAAUGGGUUAGUGCAAGGGUUGAUGAGCAAGGUUGACAAGGCUUUGAAUGGUCAAAAGUUUAUUAUGGAGAACUUGGUGAUAUGA